AUGUCAUCGCCAGACCUAGCCACGGGAGGCAGUUCGCUAAUACCGGAAGACUACCUCCCUUACUUGUCCUACCUCCCCGACCUCCAGCACUUGGUGAACUUGCUCAUGACAUUCACGCCCAUGUUUAGCUACGGCACCACCUGUCUCGGGAUAUAUCGCCGCCAGACAUCGAUGGGCUUUUCCAUCGACAUAUGCGGCACGAUGAUGAUUGCCUCGAUCUUGCGUAUUGCAUACUACACGUGCGCGCCCUUUGAGAUCACGCUCUUGCGCCAGCUGAUGGUGAUGAUUUUGAUCCAGAGUGUCUUGUUGUAUACCAGCUUGAAGUAUCGUGGCGACGAGUAUGACCCGCUGAAGUUGAUGGAGCUCCCGCCGUUGGCGCAUGAAGUGAAGGAUGUAUCGCGACGCAGCCGCGGCUUGAGCUGCGUGGGCCAUGAGAAGUAUGAUGCGAUUGGCGGCGUGGUGCGGUACGUGGCGUGCCUCGUUUGGGAGUGGAUCAAGUGGGUGGGUGAUGUGGUUGUCACGGUUGUCAAGGCGGGGAUGAGGUUGUUUGAUGUCUAUUAUCGCCGGCCGUUGUUGUUCUGGCAGUGGCGCGACCCCAUGACGUACUGGAAGUUCCUCGCGGGGUUCGCUGGUGUGGUGGUGGUAUUGACGGCGUGGUUCUACACUAAUGAAAGCUACGCUAAUGCCAUUGGAGUGCUGGGGUUGUUCAUCGAGGCGCUAUUGCCCUUGCCGCAGAUCCUCAUGCUCAACCGACUACAGCUGAUUGAGAAUUUCAAAUUGGUCUUGUUGUUGAGUUGGCUCGGUGGUGAUUGCACAAAGUUGAGCUAUUUGCUUUUCGGCACUUCAAACAUCUCCUUGAUUUUCAUCUUGGCCGGAUUUUUCCAAAUGCUGUUGGAUAUUUAUAUUGCUUUCCAAUUCAUCACCCUCAAAUACUACUAUGAUCACUGGUGGCGCGAUCUGAAUCUGGACAGUGCUCCAAGUGUCGAUGAUAUUGUUGGCAAGAUGUUGAUUCAUGGCGAUGAUACCUAUGAGUUGAGCAACAUGAGCAGAGAAAGCUACGAAAAAAACACAACUAUGGACUUGAGCAGUCGAUCUAAUUCGAGCCAAAGUUCGUACAUGGAAACCGUAUAG